AUGGCCGGUGUUGCAAAAUAUUUUAAUGGAAAUAUUUUUAAUAAAGCUAAUGAAGAAGUUGAUCUAAAUGCUAGAAAAUAUAAAAGAAAAAUAAUCGGCCUCUAUUUCAGUGCUCACUGGUGUUCACCGUGCCUUGCCUUUACUCCAAGACUAAUUGAAUUUUAUAGAGCACAUGCUGAAGAAAAAAAAUUCGAAAUUAUUUUUCUUAGUUCUGAUUAUGAUGAACAAUCAUUCUACAAUUAUUAUCAAUAUAUGCCUUGGUUAAGAUUAGACUACAGAGACAGAGUAAAAAAACAAGAGUUGGAAUAUAGAUUUGGUGUCAAUGGAAUUCCAAGAUUAAUUUUAUUGGAUGGUGAUACAGGAGAUGUUAUUCUUGCUGAUGCAAGAGAACACAUUGAACGACUAGAUCCUCAAGGACAAUAUUUUCCGUGGAGUAAUGUCGAAAGAGAACCCAGUUCAUGUUGUUCUUGUUCUUUAAUGUAA